UCGAGCUGAGCCAAGCCGGGUGGAUUGAGCUUGCCAGUACGCGAUCCGCAACUUGCUGAGCUCAGUCGAGAAACGGAGCUUGCAAGCGACACUUGUGGCAAGCGGAGAUGUUUAGCCGAUUCGAUUAGAUCGAGCGUGAGAGCCCGUCCAAAGAAAAGCCUUUAAAGCUACUCUUCAAAAUCGGCGAAAAGCUAAGAAAAAACACCACAGCAAGUCACAAAAAAAUUGCAACACAAAAAGUGCGCGUGCGCAACACGAUAAGUUAGAAGAUAGGCGAAAAAGCACCCGAUUUACACGAACCUCAGGCAACACAAUAUGGCGGCCGUUGAAGUAAGGAACGGCUACAAGUACUAUGGCUCCAAAUCGAACCCCAAGAUUGUGCUCAACCAGCUGAAUAUGAACGUGAUGCGUGGAUCCAUAUACGGAUUACUGGGCGCCUCCGGCUGCGGCAAGACCACCCUGCUCUCGUGCAUCGUCGGCCAGAGGAGACUCAACGGCGGAGAGGUGGCCGUACUGGGCGUCAAGCCAGGCGAACCGGGCAGCGGGGUACCGGGCUCCCGCGUGGGAUUCAUGCCCCAGGAGAUCGCCCUGGUGGAGGAGAUGACCGUCAAGGAGACCAUCUUCUACUUCGGGCGCAUCUACGGCCUGACAGACGAACGCAUCCGGGAGAAGUUCAAGUUGCUCAAGGAGCUGCUGCAGCUGCCGCCGGCCAGGCAGAUGAUCAAGCAGUGCAGCGGGGGUCAGCAGCGACGGCUGUCCUUUGCCUGCGCCAUGAUCCACGAUCCGGAGCUCCUCAUCCUGGACGAACCCACUGUGGGAUUGGAUCCCAUGCUGCGUGAAAAAAUCUGGGAUUUUCUCGUCGAGACCACGAGAAAUAGCAAAUUGGCUGUGAUUAUUACCACCCAUUAUAUAGAGGAAGCCAAACAGGCAAAUUGCAUUGGUCUCAUGCGCAAUGGCGUGCUUCUGGCGGAAGAUACGCCCACCAACAUCAUGAUCAAGUUCGGAACUCAGUCGAUCGAGGAUGCCUUCCUCAUUCUGAGCCAGCGGCAGGGCAACGAAGACGAGUUGAACCAAAUCAUGAACCACAACAAGAACCAGGCUUUGCCUGCAGCUGUACUUCCCCCAGAGGUCAUAGACACCCACGAGGUGAGCACGCCAGAAAAACAGCCCAUCCCUUUCGAGGAGCCUCCGAACGAGAACCGCAAAAAGAUUUUCUUCACCACCAAGGGCAGGGUUAAGGCCCUGAUGACCAAAAACUUUGUGCAGCUUUUCAGACAGCCUUCAGGAAUUAUUUUCAUGCUACUGUUCCCCAUCAUACAACUGACGUGCUUUUAUCUGGCCAUUGGAAAGACUCCUACGAAUUUGGAGAUAGGAGUCUACUCUGGCGAAGUGGAGAGCUACGGUGAAUGCUUUGACGACAAUCUGGUCACAGUGUUCAAGGACAACGACAGCUGCCUGUUCAAUAAGCUAUCCUGCAGAUACAUCCGCGAACUGGGCGACGAUGUGGCCACGCGGAAGUACUAUUCCAGUGAGGCUGAUGCCCUGAGCGAUGCAAAGCGGGCCACAACCGUGGGCUACCUGCAUUUUGCCCAGAACUUCAGCGAAUCGAUUCUCUCGGUGAUGGAGGAUGGGAUCCACACCAAUGACGGAGCCGUGGAUCACGCCGAACUAAGUAUCCACAUCGAUAUGACAGAUCAACAAGUGGCGUACUUCAUGCAGCGAAAACUUCGUGACAAGUUCAGCUCCUUCAUGCGGAGUGUGGUCAAGGAUUGCAAUGUUUCCACGGCUAUUGUCGAUCUGCCCGUCCAGUUCCAAGAACCGAUCUUCGGCACCGCAGACAUCGAGUUCCAGCAGUAUUGUGCCCCGGGUGUGGUCAUGACCAUGGUAUUUUUCCUGGCCACCUUGAUGACGGCUGCAGUGUUCAUUUCGGAGCGUAUGGAUGGCAUCUGGGACCGAACUCUCUUGGCAGGUGUCUCGGCUACCGAAAUGCUAUGGGCCCAUCUCCUAACGCAGCUCAUCAUCAUGGCCCUGCAAUCAUUCGAGGUUAUCAUGUACAUUGGCCUGGUCUUCGAUACCUACAACAAUGGGGAUACCACAACACUCAUUGGAUUGUUAACGCUGACAGCUUUCUGUGGCAUGUUGUUUGGUCUCUUCAUAUCUGUCUUUUGCAAAUCGCAUACUGAGGCAAACUUUGUGGCCACUGGCGCAUUUUAUCCCAUGAUUAUACUUUGCGGACUUCUGUGGCCCCUUGAGAGCAUGCCGCAGUUUCUCCAGGACUUAGUAAUGGUGCUACCUUUCACCAUACCCUCCAUAUCGGCUCGCAACGUGAUAGAGAAGGGCUGGAGCAUCACCCACGAGAAGGUCUACAAUGGAUUUUUGGUGAUGGCCGGCUGGACGAUCAUUUUCUUCGUGCUAUGCCUAAUCGGAAUCAGGCGAAAGGCGUAAAGGCAGAUCUUGGGCUAUUCUUAAACAUUCGGGGGCCUUUCAUUUAGUUGUAACGUAAUAGCAUUUUUUGAUAGGUGAUCUUAUGUGCAUAUUGUUUUAAUUUAAUAAUUAUUGGAAGCAAAUCACUCGCAUGUUGUAGACUCUCAUCACAUAAUGAAACUCAUUCAUAUCAACGAAUCGCAACGCAUUCUUAGGCAGUCUUCAUCUAACGGGCUGGACUGUUUGAAAUCAGCAUAAGGUCUUAAGGGUUUCUCACAAAAAUAUUUAUAAAACACAGGACAACAUAUCGUACUCAUUAAAAACGGCAAAUUUCGUAUUCAAAAUGAUUGACAAAACUCAAUAAACCUUUUAGAAGACAUAUAUUUUUACCCACAUCUAGAAUGUAUUUUAAAAUGUUAAAGUAUGUAAAUCGAAAUUUCAAAUCAACCAAAAAUAAAAUCUUAAAUUAAAA